AUGGUCCUCCUUACGACCACACCUCGCAUCCUCUCUACCAUUUCCUCGCUCUCACCCAACGAUCGCUCAUCCCUGGCCACCGCAGACUUGCCCACAACAUGCGGCCAAGCAAUCGAGCACACCACGCUCAUCGCCAUGUCUCGCCUCAAUAAGACAAUCACACUCAACAACCUCCUUCGCGGCACUCACAUCUAUGUCCCCCCACCACCGCCGAAACCCCAGCCAUCACCGGAGUACGUCGCUCUUAUGGAAAGGUUACGCAGAGAACAAGAACAGCGUGAAUACGCCUCUCUCGUUUCCAGCUCCCUCUCAAGUUCUCUCAAUACAGGACGAGAAGAUGAAAACGACGACGACAUCUCCCCUUCGCUCGUGCUCAACAUCUUUCUCAGCAUAGUCCUCUGCGCAGCCGCAAUAUUCUACUUGACGCGGUGGUGGGCUAACGACGGGAUACGGGUACUCCUGUCCCUAGCUACAGGGAUAGUAGUGGGAGUUGCUGAAGUCGGCGUAUAUGCUGCGUAUUUGAGGAAAGUCAAGAUGAGCAGGGACAAGGAGAGAAAGAAGAAAGAGCGGAAGGUUGUCCUCGGAGAGUAUACUGGUACAGAAACAGGAGGAAUAGCCCUGGAUGCUAAGGGCACACCCGUGUCAGUCGACGUGAAUGCGAUUAUGGAGAAAGAAGAGAUAUGGGGCAAGGGAAUCAAUGGCGGGAUGAGGAGGCGUGUAAGGGAGAAAUGGCAGAGGGAUCAAGAGAAGGCUAAAACAUGA